CGCGAGCCGAGCCGCCACCUCCGUUUCAUCAGCUCGGCUGCGAAUCCCCGGCAACCUCCCUCGAAGCUUCCUCCGCCGGUUGCCGGCUGGGCCUCGAACCUGCGAGAAGCUUCCGGCGCCGGCCCACCGAGCACCGCAAUGGCGUCCACCGGCGGAGCGGCCAUCUCGGCGGGGCCCACGCCGCCGUCGGCAACUGCGACGUCGGUGGAGUGGCACCAGCGGCCGCCGAACCCGAAGAACCCGGUGGUGUUCUUCGACGUCACCAUCGGGUCCAUCCCUGCCGGCCGCAUCAAGAUGGAGCUCUUCGCCGACAUCGCCCCCAAAACCGCCGAGAACUUCCGACAGUUCUGCACUGGCGAGCACAGAAAAAAUGGUUUGCCACAGGGUUUUAAGGGCUGUCAAUUCCAUAGAGUGAUCAAAGAUUUCAUGAUUCAGGGUGGUGACUUCUUGAAGAAUGAUGGUACUGGAUGCAUAUCAAUCUACGGUACCAAAUUUGAUGAUGAGAAUUUUAUUGCAAAGCAUACGGGGCCUGGACUGCUCUCAAUGGCAAACAGUGGAGCUAACUCUAAUGGAUCUCAGUUCUUUAUAACAUGUGCAAAGUGUGACUGGCUGGACAACAAACAUGUGGUCUUUGGGAGAGUGCUCGGGGAUGGUCUACUUGUUGUGAGGAAGAUUGAAAAUGUUGCCACUGGACCGAACAACCGACCAAAGCUUGCCUGCAUUAUAAGCGAGUGCGGUGAAAUGUAACAUGAUCCCUGAAUGCAGCUAAUCGUGCACUCUUGAUGCUGCUGAUGUAGACCCUGUUUGGUUGAUGAACGCACUGGAGGAGUGGAAACAAUAUAGAGCAUUGAUCAAAGUACUGAAGCAUGUCGAAAUUGACACUGAUCGAGUUGUACCGUUUCUACACAAUCUGUAGAACAAUAUUCGAAACAAGAAUUUAAUGUUCCUGUUUGACA